AUGGACACAACACCCCCUGAAGAGCACAUCCCCAAGCCUGGAGAAUGGCCUGUUGAUCCUCAGGAAGACCUCCCAAUCUCAGAGGACCGACUCUGGGUGGACGGAUGUUUCGACUUCAGUCACCACGGCCAUGCUGGAGCUAUGCUUCAAGCUCGUCAGCUUGGAAAAGCUCUUUACGUCGGAAUACACUCCGAUGAAGCGAUCCUUGAGAACAAGGGUCCAACUGUGAUGUCACUGGAAGAACGUGUUGCUGCCGUUGACGCCUGUCGCUGGGCCACUCAGAGUGUCCCCCACGCCCCCUAUGUGACCUACCUACCUUGGGUCUCCCACUACGGUUGUAAAUACGUGGUGCACGGAGAUGAUAUUACCUCAGACAGCGACGGCAACGACUGCUAUCGAUUCGUGAAAGCUGCUGGCCGCUUCCGCGUCGUCAAGCGAACCCCUGGAAUCUCGACCACCGAUCUGGUCGGCCGCAUGUUGUUAUGUACCAGGAACCACUUUGUCAAAUCAGUCAAGGGAACCCUCUCUGGAAAGGAAGGAUUUGGAAGUCCCGAAGAGCGUCAAGCUUCUGCCACAGACCUCCUGCGCCGAAUCAAAGAUUAUGCCACAGAUGAGAGCGGGCUGCAGCCCGGCCCGCAAGUGUGGACGUGGAGUGGCUCUGGUACCGCUAAGUUGGAUCAUGUGCUCGAAGAGGCUGGCCAGUUCGAGACCUUGGUCGAUGGAAAGGGACCCCGGCCGGGACAGCGCAUCGUUUAUGUCGACGGAGGAUUUGAUCUCUUUUCGUCCGGUCACAUUGCUUUCCUUCGCAAGGUGACUGAGCUCGAGGAAGCAGAGGCUCGUCAACGUGGCUGGUACGAACCAGAGCAAGCUGAGAAGAGACUCAAGGAGUUUAACGAAGACUAUGCUCCGGCCUAUAUCGUCGCAGGUAUUCAUGAUGACGACGUGAUCAAUCACUGGAAGGGACUGAACUACCCCAUCAUGAACAUAUUCGAGCGUGGUCUGUGUGUGCUCCAAUGCCGAUACAUCCAUGCCGUCGCAUUCUCGGCACCCUUUACCCCCAGCGAGGCAUACCUGAAAGCCAUGCCAUGGGGUACUCCCGAUGCUGUCUACCAUGGACCUACCACCUUCAUUCCCCUGACCUACGAUCCGUACACCGAUCCCAAGAAGAUGGGUAUCUUCCGGGAAGCUGAGCAGCAUGCGUUCCAGCACGUGAAUGCCGGCGAGAUCGUCGGCCGAAUUUUGAAGAGUCGUGAAGCUUAUGAAGCGCGGCAACGGGCCAAGCUGGACAAGGCCGUUGCCGAGGAUUUAGUGAAAUCACAGGAGGCCGCCGCCGCAGCUCAGUAA